CGUCCAAACGAAUUCCUUUGGUCCAAAUAGAGCUCUCAGAUCAGUCAAACUGCAGCCAUUAUAGAGCGAGAAAGAAGGGAAGGAAGAGAAAAUAAAGGAAAAUAAUUUGUUUUUGAUGGAUAAAGAAGGAAAAUAAUUAGUCUGUUUGCCGUUGAAGCCGUGUUUCUUUCUAUAUAUAUAUUUUGUCUCCUUGUAUUGAUUUCCUUUCCGCCCACCGACCUCUGGCAGGGAUACCCUGAAUCUCUUCUCCUUCAAAUUUUCUUUUUUCUCUUUUCCUUUUCCCCUCCGUUGUUAGGUAGGAAUAAGAAGAUUGAUUUUUUAUUUCGAAAAUAAGAACAGAGGGGAAAAGUUUGCAAGAUUUGCUGUUUGUGAUGGAUCUCAAGAGGUCGAUCUGUAUUCUUUGUAUUGUACUUGUGGUUCUUCUUUCAAAUGUAUCUGCCAAUGGAGUAUUCAGGGUUCAGCACAAAUUUGCGGGUCGGAAGCGUUCGUUAACUGACAUAAAAACUCAUGAUGGGCGGCGUCACCGUCGGUUGCUUGCCAACGUUGAUCUUCCUUUGGGUGGAGAUGGCCAUCCUGCUAGUACUGGGCUUUAUUUUGCAAAAAUUGGAAUUGGAACUCCUCCAAAGGAUUACUAUGUACAAGUUGAUACUGGAAGCGACAUUCUAUGGGUGAAUUGUAUCCAAUGCACCCGGUGUCCAAAGAAAAGCGACCUUGGUGUAGAACUUACUUUAUAUGAUAUAAAAGAUUCUCAGACGGGAAAGGAGAUAACUUGUGAUCAAGAUUUUUGUACUUCCAUGUAUAAUGGUGAAAAUCUUCCUGGCUGCUAUGUUGGUGGACCUUGUGCAUAUAGUGUGGUGUAUGGAGAUGGGAGCACAACAACUGGAUACUAUAUAAGAGAUUUUGUGGAAUAUGCCCAAGUGUCUGGAAACUUCCAAACUAAACCAGCAAAUGGAAGUGUUGUAUUUGGGUGUGGUGCUAAACAAUCUGGUGAUCUAGGUUCGUCAAGUGCAGCACUGGAUGGAAUACUUGGUUUUGGACAAUCAAAUGCAUCCAUGAUUUCUCAGCUUGCUUCAGCUGGAAAAAUGAGAAAGAUGUUUGCUCACUGCUUAGAUAAUGUAAAUGGAGGUGGGAUCUUUGCAAUCGGACAUGUUGUGCAGCCAAAAGUUAAAACAACUCCAAUGGUACCCAAUCGGCCACAUUAUAAUGUCAAUCUGAAGGCAAUUGAGGUUGGUGGUGCUGUUCUACAACUUCCAACAGAUGUAUUUAAUUCUGAGGAGGCAGGGACGAUAAUUGAUAGUGGGACAACUUUGGCUUAUCUUCCAGAUACGGUUUACUCCGCAUUGAUGAAUCAGGUAAUGUCUCAACAGCCCAAUCUGCAAACUCAUAUUGUUGAAGAUCAGUUUCAAUGUUUUCAGUACAUAGGAAGUGUGGAUGAUGGAUUUCCAGUUGUUACUCUUCGUUUUGAAAACUCACUUCCACUGGUGGUUUACCCUCAUGACUAUCUGUUCCAAAUCCGUGAAGAUGCAUGGUGUGUUGGCUGGCAAAAUAGUGGUUUACAAUCAAAGGAUGGAAAGGACAUGACCCUUUUGGGAGAUAUAGUUUUAUCAAAUAAGCUAAUUGUAUAUGACCUUGAAAAUCAGACAAUUGGGUGGACUGAGUAUAACUGUUCUUCAAGCAUUAAAGUUCAGGAUGAACAGUCUGGACCAGAGUAUUAUAUAGGUGCACAUGAUGUUUCUUCUGCAUGGAGUUGGAAUGUGGGAUGGGUUAUAAUGUUGUUGUUAUUAACCGCCAUGCUGCAUAACUUAAUUUAUUGAAUUAGUGAAAGCAAUAAUCAUGCAUCCUCCAUUAAUUUCCAUGUAUUAUAAUCAUUUCCUUCUAAAUGAAAAUGUCAGAAAAAAAAAGAAAGUUUCAGCUUGAUAGAUUUUUUUUCA